UUCACUAAGAAUAAAACAUAAAUCUGCUCACGAAGGAAGGAUGAAUCUAAUCCAACUCAAGCAGUCUAGUGAGUCCCACAAAAACAAGAACAGUGGGUGGGUGGGAAUGGGAUAGUGGUGGUGUCUUCUUGAUAAGGUUGAAGAUCCCAAUUCCCUUGCUCCAUCUUUUCAAUAAACGUCAGGUCACCUCAAGGAUCUCAUCUUUCCUUUUUCUCUUUUUUCCCCGACUUUUUCUGCUUGUUGGGUUCUCUAGUGCUCUCUGUUCUGAGUAGGACACAGACGACAGCUUCUUUAUUCCCCUGCCUAUAUAGCACAUAAUAAUUGGAACUAGCUAUACACACUGGACUCGAAGCAUGGAUCCGAUCAACAAUGGUGAGGAGGAAACAAGUAAGAAAGAGAUAUCGAGAUGCUCCAUAGACGUCCACAAAGUAGCCCCACCGCCACAGAGAAGCAGCUUUGAGAAGUUGAAGUCCAGGCUGAAGGAAACAUUCUUCCCUGACGACCCUCUGAGGCAGUUCAAAGGCCAGCCUUCCAAACGGAAGUGGAUUCUGGCUGCUCAGUAUGCCUUCCCAAUCCUGCAAUGGGGACCCAACUACUCACUCUCACACUUCAAAUCCGAUGUCGUCUCUGGCCUCACCAUUGCCAGCUUAGCCAUCCCACAGGGCAUAAGCUACGCGAAGCUGGCCAACCUGCCGCCGAUUGUGGGACUGUACUCGAGCUUUGUGCCGCCAUUGGUGUAUGCUGUGCUGGGGAGCUCAAGGGAUGUAGCUGUGGGGCCUGUGUCCAUAGCUUCACUCAUUUUGGGAUCCAUGCUUAGCCAACAAGUCUCCCCUGCCAAAGACCCUCUCUUGUUCCUUCAGCUCGGCUUUUCUUCCACUUUCUUUGCUGGCCUCACACAGGCUUCCUUGGGAUUCCUAAGGCAAGCCAACACCUACAAGCUGGGGUUUAUAAUUGAUUAUCUGUCAGAGGCCACACUGGUUGGGUUCAUGGCAGGAGCUGCCAUUAUUGUAUCACUGCAACAGCUGAAAAGCUUGCUUGGAAUCACUCAUUUCACCAAGCAAAUGGGGAUUCUUCCUGUUUUGUCCUCAGUAUUCCACCGCACUACUGAGGUAUACUUACUUUCCCUAUUUAUUUUUGGCCCUUCUUUUCUUUUGCUGUUUCCAGUUCCACAUGACUGUAGCAUGAAGAGGCCAAAGCUGUUCUGGGUAUCAGCUGGAAUGCCCCUUGCGUCUGUCAUCCUCUCAACCAUCAUCGUUUUUGCCUUGAAAGCUCAAAAUCAUGGCAUCGAUGUUAUAGGGAAGUUGGAAGAAGGGCUGAAUCCUCCAUCGUGGAACAUGUUGCAUUUCCGUGGAGAAUACCUUGGCCUUGUUAUCAAGACUGGGCUUGUCACUGGCAUCAUCUCCCUCACUGAAGGGAUAGCGGUGGGGCGGACGUUUGCGGCGCUGAAGAGCUACCGAGUGGACGGGAACAAGGAGAUGAUGGCCAUCGGGAUCAUGAACAUCAUCGGCUCCUCCACUUCCUGCUACGUCACCACCGGCUCGUUCUCCCGCUCCGCCGUCAACCACAACGCCGGCGCAAAGACCGCCGUCUCCAACGUCGUCAUGUCCGUCACCGUCAUGGUCACGCUCCUCCUCCUCAUGCCCCUCUUCCGCUUCACCCCAAACGUCGUCCUCGGAGCCAUCAUCGUCACCGCCGUCCUCGGCCUCAUCGACCUCCCCGCCGCUCGCCGGAUCUGGAGGAUCGACAAGUUCGAUUUCCUCGUCAUGCUCGCCUCCUUCUUCGGCGUCAUCUUCGUCUCCGUCCAGCUGGGCCUCGCCAUUGCGGUCCGGCCCACCAACCCCAGUCCAGUCCAGUGGGAAUGUCCAUCUUCAGGAUGUUGCUGCAAAUGACAAGGCCAACUACAAUGGUGCUGGGGAACAUUCCUGGAACUAAUCUCUACACAAACCUCCACCAUUACAAAGAUGCUGUUAGUGUCCCAGGUUUCCUCAUCUUGUCCAUUCAAGCUCCCAUCAACUUUGCCAACGCCAAUUACCUCAAAGAAAGGAUUAUGAGAUGGAUGGCAGAUUAUGAAGCAGAUCAUAUUACCCACCACCAUCAGCUUCAAGGCAUCAAGCAACAUUCAACUACUUCUCUUCAUUAUGUGAUCCUCGACAUGUCAUGUGUGAGUGCUUUGGACACAACCGGUGUCACACUGUUCAAGGAUUUAAAGAAAGCACUAGAAUGUAAAGGAGUUGAGCUUGUACUGGUGAAUCCUAUUGGCGAGGUGAUUGAGAAGCUGGAAAGAGCAGAGAGUGAAGCAGCUGGGAGCAUCAUUCUGAGGGCAGAUUUAGUGUACUUGACCACUGCCGAAGCUGUGGCACAACUAUCCUCUGCCAUCAAUUUGAAGAUGAUGAUGUAGGAGGAAGCUAAUUAGGGGCAUUCAAAUUCAAUUGCUGCUUCAGCCCAAUAGCAUUUUCCACAUGUUCAUAAUCUACCGGCAGCUUUUAAGUUUGAAAACCUUUCAAUUUUGGUCCACAUAUAUGUAUCCAAAUUCGAAUAGAAUCCUCCAACUCAGAUGAUAUGACGAAAGUAUGCAACCUUCCUUUUUUUAAAGGAUUUUCGAAACUUUUCUCCAACUUGAACAACUUGAAAUAAAAGAUAGAUGUGGAAUCAAUCGGAC